AUGGUCGACCGCGAUGCGAUAACGGCUCCACAGUGGGGCAUCAACAUACUUCUCGACGGAGAUAACACUGGCCAUCAAUGCUGUUGGUCGGUAAUGCCACCUAGAAAGCCUCAUCUUAAACCAUCUAUGCCAGACGCUACAUCAUGCCAGCAAACCGGACACGAAGCACCAAUUCUCAGGGCAGACAAAGGUCUUGCUCAGAAUGCGCGAAAUCCAAACGUAAAUGUGGCUUGGAGCAGCCCAGUUGCGCACGAUGUAUCAGACGACGGUUUUCCUGCAUUUAUCCAUCGCAACCUCACAUCCACGCUACAGUCCCAACUGGAAAAUGUUCAUCUCGAUUUCAAUUUCGACGAGUCUGCCAUAGCAACAACGUCCAAUACGGACACCCUGGAUUUCGACUUCCCGGCUAGUACGACCUGUGUCGCUUCCUUCCCAGCUGCACUGCAAAACUCCCCAAACUUCGACAACCAGACGGCUCUUCAAAAGGCUCCAACGCAGGCGGAGAAUCAAUUCCUGUCAAUUAACCUCUCCCCUUACGCGAGGGCGAGGAUGGGUUAUUUCCUCGAGCACAUGCAGUUGGUACCAAGAACAAUGGUAGAGCAAAACCGUACGCCAUGGAUGCACUCAACACUCUACGACAACCAUAUGCCCCGUUGCUUACAACACGCCUACGCUGCGUGUGCACUCUACAUUACCAAAAAUCAGAUCAAUGCUGAGCGCGUCACACACCAUAUCCGGAGUCGUGUGGAAGAGUUGCUCAAUGAGACUGUACCCGAUACGCCGAUCGAGAUCCUCGCUCGAACUCACGCAAUCAUGUUGUACCAACUCAUGCUUGUAUUUGGCAGCGAUAUCCGCUCUUGUGUACAGACCGAUGCUUUGUCAUCUCACCUAGAGGAGAUGGAAGCGAUGCUCGUACCGAUUGCUACUAAGGAGAAUGAGCAUGUAGGCGCUCUCCCAUUGUACCCAUCCACAGCGGCUCGCUCGGCCUGGCGAUCAUUCAUAUUCCGCGAGUCGGCUCGACGUACAGUCCUAGCUGCAUAUCAAAUCACAGUAAUGUACACGGUCCUCACGGGUCAAAUGAAAACUUGCAGCCAAGAUAUUGCACUCAAGUCUCGCGUCACGCUAUCCGCGCACUUGUGGAAAGCCGCCAACGCCUUCGAUUUCGCCAUGAGUUGGAACGCAAAGAAUCACUUUGUUGUCAGGGGACUGGAGUUUACGAAUGUAUUGGAGGAAGCGCAGCCAGACGAUCUCGAUGUGUUUGGGAACAUACUGCUCAUCUCUUUGCAAGGCAUCGAUGAUAUUCGUGGAUGGUACCACGUACGAGGCGGGACGUUGGAACUACCUUGA